UGGAGUUGCAUUGUUUUCAUUUACUGUGUGAACUUGUGCAUGAGUGAACAAAAGCGUCGGAUUUCUCUUUCUAUUUCCGAGCUACAAAACUCUUCUCCUUCAUUCGAACUUCCCCAAAAUGGAAGCUUUAUCCUUAAUCUCGGCGGCCCUCACUCGGGUCGUCUUCAUGGCUCUUCUCUUCUUUACAUCUCAUCCAUGGCCGCGUACCGAAGCGGCUAAACCGGCUCAGGAGCUGGUUAAAGGGUUCGAGGCUAUACCGGACUCGACCGUCGACUCCUUCCAGACUCUUCUCGCCGACCCCGACGGAAACUUCUCUUUCGGUUUUCUUCGGGUUAACCGGACCCGGUUAUCUCUCGCCGUCAUCCACCGGAACCUUUCGGACCCUGUUUGGGUUUCCGACCCGACUCGGUCAGCGAGCUGGUCGGGAAAAACGAGGCUUUUCUUCAAUGGCAGCCUCGUAAUUACCGACAGGUCGUCGAGGGUAGAAUGGUCAACAGGCACCGACGGCGACAGAGUCGUGCUGCGAAACGACUCGAAUCUCCAGGUGGAGAAGACGAAACCCUCCCAAACCGUGGUGUGGCAGAGUUUCGAUUUCCCCUCAAAUACCCUCGUCGAGAACCAGAAUUUCACAUCUGCCAUGACCUUGGUUUCACCCAACGGGCUCUACUCGAUGCGAUUAGGCAACGAUUUCAUCGGCCUAUACGCAGACGAUUCGCACCAGAUGUACUGGAAACACAAAGCCCUCGAAGCCAAAGCCAAAAUCGAAGACGGGUCCGGUCCGGUUCACAUCCGGAUCAACCCGAACGGAUACCUAGGUAUGUACCAACGCGGCAACACCCCCGUCGACGUCGAAGCCUUCAACAGCUUCCAACGUCCGACCACUGGACUUCUCAUCCUCCGGCUAGAACCCGACGGCAACCUCCGAGGAUACUUAUGGGACGGAUCUCAAUGGGCAUUGAACUACCAAGCCAUCUCCGACACGUGCGAGCUCCCGAACCCGUGCGGUCCAUACAGCCUCUGCACACCCGGGUCGGGUUGCUCGUGCAUCGAUAAACAAACUCGACCCGGACCCGGAUUUGGUGGCUGCACCCACUCGACGCAGGACCAGUCGGAUCUAUGCGACGGUGCUCCAGCGAGGUUUACGGUGCUGAGACGGAACGGCGUCGAAGUGCCGUUCAAGGAGCUGAGGGAGCACAAAACGGCGUCGUCUUCGGAGGAAUGCGAAGCGUUUUGCGAGGAGAAGUGCGAGUGUUGGGGAUCCGUCUACAAUAACGGGUCCGGGUUUUGUUAUUUGGUGAAUUACCCGAUCCAUACGAUGUUGGGCGUAGCGGACGAAGGGAAGGUGGGGUAUUUUAAGCUGCGGGAGGGNGUAGGGAAGGGGAAGAGAUGGGAGGUCGGAUCAACGGUGGGGAUUGCUUUUGUUUGUGGGACCGUUUUAGUUUUAACGGUGGCGAUGGGGUUUGUGGGGCUCAGGGUUUGGAGGAGAGAGAGAAGGGUGAGUCGGAUUCUGGAGGAAGAUGGCGGGUUAUCACCCGGCCCGUAUAAGGAUCUCGGGUCGGAUAGUUUUAAUUCCAUUGAGAUGAGCCGUAGAUGAUGGUUUUUCAAUUUUUUGUUUAUAUAUAUAUAUAUAUCAUAGGGUACUUUUAUUAUAUACUUUAUCCAAUUUUUUAAA